CUCCAGAAUGCAUCUGUUGUUCAUGCUUCCCUUGGUGCUCGAGGUCCAGUCCAUCUCCACGAGCCACAACAUAACCUAUGACUGCACCUGCUACGAGGAGCUCAAAAUCGCCAACUGUACCAGCAGAAAUUUCGCCCACCUCCCCACCGCUCUUCCACCCUUCACCGAACAACUGGACCUGUCCUUCAACCACCUGAGUGCCAUCCAGCCCCGAGCCUUCCACAGCACACGAAGACUUCACAUCCUGCUCCUGAACGACAAUGUGAUAGCUGUGUUAGCUGAUGGAGCGUUCUCUCUCCUGGAUGGACUGCUGAGGUUGGACCUGAGCCGAAACCGAAUCUCAUUCCUGAGUGAAGGAUUUUCGCAGGGUCUCGGUUCUCUUCGAGAUCUGUCACUGACAGAGAACCGACUGACCAGCUUGGACAGCAGUUGUUUCGUCCACUUUGACGCCCUCCAAAGACUCAACCUCAGCCAUAAUGCUAUUGAGACCAUCAAGAUGAGGGCGUUUGGGUCCAUGAGUACCCUUCGCCAGCUACAUCUCAACUCAAACCAUUUAACGGUUCUCAAAAAUGGCAUCUUCUCCAUGUUACGAAACCUCGAAGUCUUGAAUUUACAUCACAACCAGAUACACUACUUGGACGUUGGCGCGCUUUCGCCAUUGACCAGUCUCGUUCUACUGGACCUAACCAACAACAACCUCUCCACGAUUCAGUUCAUGACCUUCCUGAGUCUCAACACGUACAGCACUCACAUAAUGCUCCAAGGAAACCCGUGGAAUUGCGACUGCGAUCUGCAGCGAGUCUUCCGGAAGCUAUGUAACGUCAAGCGGCUCUUCCUGGAUGACUACGAUAACCUCACAUGCGUGAAUUUGGAUGAAAGUCACAGGAACUACACGAUGAAAGAGGAGUUCUGCGUUGCAGAGAUGGUUACUGUCCUGGUCAUCACCAUCACGGUGGUCAUCACUGUUGUGGCUGCCAUCGUCAUGGCAGAGAGGAAAAGGAAAAAAAAGAACAAAGAAAAGCAUUGGACAGAAGUCGGCGAGUUGUCGUGCGCAUCGCAAGUCUGAACCAAUGUAGAUAAUAUAAAAAGGAACAUUAAACUCAUUAUACUUGUAUGAUAUUAUGCUUUAGGUUGUCAAAUUCAGGGUUUCUGCAAAUUUCAUGAAGGUAUAUUUUUAAGACCAAGUUAAAAAAAUUAAGGAAUAAUUUGAAUGGAACACAAUACGUCAACAUGGUCCCUAAAUGUAAAUGUCUUGUAUUCGUAAUACUUCACAGUUUGGUAAUACAAUUUCAAACAGACAUCCAUUGCUUUUUAUUUGCUUUCGUUUUGUCAUAUUUCAGUAAUUCUGCUCCCAACCAAUAGAAUAUGGAAAUAACUUUUACUGUACCUUCUGUUCACACUGCAAAAAAAAAAAAAACAUUAUUUGUCGAUAAUUUUUUCUUGUUUUCCAGUCUUGAAUCAAUAAAUAUUUACUUGAGAUGCAAAAUUACCUAAAAUUACUACGAGAAGUUGAUUAAAAUGAAGUGAGUUGAGAUUAGCAGUUAUUUGUUAUUGCCAACUUUCCAUACCCCAUUGACAGAUGUUGUUCUUGUUUUAUUCAUAAACUUAAUUUUCUUCAAUUUCUAAGAAAACGACUUCUUGUGUUUAAUUUGUAUCUCAAGUAAAUUAAGGUUAUUUUGAUAUUUGUCCUGAAAAAAGCAUACUGAGACAUAUAUUAUUUUUAUUUUAUUUGUGUCUAUUGCAGUGUAUGCAACAUUUAAUGCCACAGACUUUAUGAAUUUAGGAAUUAAUUUGCAGAAGGGUAAGUUAAGAAUCAAGAACUGCAGAAACUCUGCAUCAAACAUACAAUGCACAAUAAUUUGAUCAAUUUCAUGGUAGCUGGUUCUUUAUGUGAACCAGU